AUGUCAUUCUCAGGAAAAAUAUGCCCGAUGCAUGGGUCCACUCGAACGCGAAAUAGAUCGCAGAAGGAAGGUGCCCACGUCUCGAAAAAUGCCCGAUCGGAGUUUCGCGUUCUAUACCUUCACUUGAAACAGCUCAGCUAUGCCACUGCUCCAGACCGAGAGUCAUCUCAAGAGAUCAAACUGCGAUCACGCUGGAACAGUUGUUGCAGAUUCCUGGACGGUUUGGAGGAAAUCACUGAAGAAAGAAAGGAUUGUAUGCGACAAAUUCCGUCACAAGGACGACACCUAGAAGAAAUAACCAGUCCGGGCGAUAAAGACAAAGAUAAGGACAAAUCCUACAAUCCGACGACGGCAAAUACUAUGGAUACUGUCAGUCACACGGGCUACAUGUCCAAAGAGCCAGCCCGCUCUAAGUAUCAGGCCGCAAAGGGGAAAUCAAAGGAGUACAAGUACGAUCCAUCAGCACACAGCAAGUCGAUUGGUGUGACGUCGAACACGCAAGGAGGGCCGAAACGUCGCCAUACACGAGCAAAGCCCAGGUUUGGACAAUCACCCUGA